UCUUUGAUAACAAAGUGUAGAAAACUGUCGAGUGUCGGGCGUUGGGGGAGAUAUUGAUUGUUAUUGUUGAGGUGAAUGUGCUCAGACAGGUUGUUAACGAUGUAGGCGAAGAGUUGGGUAGUGUUGAAAAUUGUCUAGUGUUGAGAAGCAGUUCGUAGUGGAAAAAUGGUGGACAUACUUAGGAGUAACUUUGAAGAGAAAUUGCCGGAGAUAAAAGCUGCACUAACAAAUGCAAAGUUCAUUGCAAUUGACACGGAAUUUACAGGGUUGUCCGUGUACAAAAAUUACAAGCCAAGUCUGUUUGACACAGGAAGACAGAGAUAUGAAAAAUUAAGAAGAAAUCUUGAAAAAGUAAUUAUUAUACAGAUUGGUUUGUCUGUAUUUUCAUAUGUUCGAGAUGAAAAUAAAUAUGUUGCGAAUAUAUACAGAAUACCUGUUUAUCCCUGCAGUUUUGGUUCAAUAGAUAGUGUUUACCUCACACAGGCAUCAUCAGUCCAUUUCCUGUGUGAGUAUGAUUUCGACUUCAAUAAGGUGAUGUAUGAAGGCGUUCCAUAUCUGAAUUUGCGAGAUGAGAAACGGCUGAAGCAGGAAUUGCAGGAGUGUAGAAAUGUGAUUGAUCUCAGAAAUCUGAGUUUCUUGGAAGAAGAAGCAAUAAUUUAUUUGAAGACUGAAAUGGAUAAAGUGGUUGACUGGGUAUCUACAGCUUGCAUUGGAGAUACAUUAUUACUAUCAACCUUUCUAAAAGCAAGAAUGAAGAGACAGCUAGGUUAUUGUCUUCACAUUGAACUGCGACAUAGGUUCAACAACAUUUGGACAUAUGGUGAUGAAGAAGGUAUCAUUGUUAAAAAGAUUGCAACAGAGAAACAUCGCUUAAUGUCUAACAAAGAGAAUAAGGAAAAAUUAGAUGAAGACUUUAUCCACUAUCUGCUUGGUUUCUCCCAUAUUUUCAAACUGUUAGUUGAACUGAAGAAACCAAUUGUGGGACACAAUUGCCUUUUAGACCUAAUGCUUUUGUACCAGCAGUUCCAUGAUGUUUUGCCAGGGUCUUAUAGCUCAUUUAAGAAGAAAAUGAAUGAACUGUUUCCAAAUUUGUAUGACACGAAGCACAUUAGUUUCGAACUACAGCACAGGCUGGACAGAGAUGUUCUGCCCUCAACAAUACUUUCCGACUUGUACGCAUUUUUUGAGGAAGGGAGAGGCUCUGUGCUAGGAGCGUAUACUCCAACUGUAGAAACAGAGUUUGGUGAUGAUGGUGUUACAAAACAAAUUCAUGAUGCUGCUUGGGAUUCCUAUGUUUCUGGAUAUUGUUUUAUUCGAAUGGCUCAUGUUAUUGCUAAUAGAAAGUUUGAAAUAAUAGUACAGCAACCACUAACAAGUGUGGAACAUUUUACAUCCCUGGAAGACUUCAAAAAUAAGAUUAAUGUCAUCCGUUGUGCUGUAUCUCAUAUAUGUCUCAGUGGUCCUGAUCCAGAGUCAAGGCGACCUCAAUGGAUAUAUGUAGAAACAAGAACAAACAGAAAACUAUCUGAAGAUGAGGUUUAUCUUCUCUUUUCUCAAUAUGAUGCUGUUGAUGUUACUCUGUAUUCCAAGAAUUCUGCUCUCGUGGCAAUUGGAAACUCCAGAAGCGCAAGAAUGAUUCGGAAAAAGUUACAAGAAAAUGAAGAGUUCAAAGUUACAAGUUACAGUUUAAUCAGCCAUAACAAACUGCUUCGCUGUAUGCUAUGGAUAUGUGCAGCUUCCACAAGUAUGACAGCAGCAUGGUUUAUCACAAGACAUGCAAUUCUUCGUAACAGAUAAAACCAUAACUCUUGUAUUGUGUAGAUUUGCACCUUGGGUAGCAAAUGUUUCCACAAAAUGUGUAAACUGGAUGCAGUCACAUUUUUAUUUUUGAACAGAGCAGCACAAUAUGUGCAAUUGCAGACUAGAAAUUUAUUUGUAAGUCUUGUAAUAAUGUAGCCUGUUUCCAGCCCCUUUUGUUUUUUAGCUGUACUUCUUAUUACUUAUUUUACUUUAAAAAAAUAGGUACCUAUUUUUACAUCACUGUAUUUUUGUAGGAUAAGAACAAUAUUGGUCCUGGUCAUUUGAAAUUCCAUUCCAAUUUAGUUUCAUUGUGGAGGGCAUCCGCUGAAGUUUCCUUUCUAAAAAUAUUUCUCCUAGCAGUUUGCUGCUUCAGAUUUUAUGAUAUCAGGUCACUUGCUUUUGUACGUGCAUUGUAGCUGAGGUCACUAAUGCAUGGCUGUGUGGUGGUGCUCGGCUCAGAGGUAAGCUGAUUCUAGUCAUAGUGGUGCAUGAAACGUUUAUUAGCAAUAUUUGGCUGGCAAGAGGAGUAGAAAUAUUGACUGUAAGUUCCUGAUCACUAGUCAUUAUUUAUUAUCGUGUUCAAAACUCUCUCAGGUAGCUUUCUUUCCUUUGUCUCCAGUAGGUGUCCAACAAAACAUAACCAAUCAUUUAAAGGUUUCCGUAAAUAACUGCAACCCAUCACCUUUUGUAUUUCUUUAAUUUUUAUUUACCAUGACUGGUUUCAAAUUGCCUAGCAAUUCACCUCCAGAUGGUAUAUAUUUACUAUUUGGUGAUGAAUUGCUGGAAUGUUUGGAGCCUUGUGGGGAGUCAUGCAGCUGUGGCAAAAUAUAAAAAUGAAGCACUGAAUAUGGCGAGAUCAACUUAACAGUUAUUAGCAUCUGUUGGUUUAUUUCUAGUGCAUACUUUACUGUGGAGAACAUAAUGUAUGUUUUCCAGUAACAUUAAAUAUGAAGCACUGGACAAACUUUGUCACAACACAAACACCCGCAUAAACCAAAGACAGUGGUUAAAUUUUUGUUCAGAGAAUUUAUAUUGGGGCAGAGACUUACUUUGUGUGUGUGUGUGUGUGUGUGUGUGUGUGUGUGUGUAAGGAUGUAGCCAGGAUUUUGUCAAGGGAGGGGGGAGGAAUCAGAUUUUUUACGGAGGACAUCAAAAGGCUCAUGUUUUUAACCCUUGAGUGGGCGUGCUGUUUUUCAUAAAACGAGAGGGCACGCAGCGCACAUUGUACACAUGCAAAGAAUAGCUUUCCUUAUGUUACCAAGGUAAGUCAUGUAUGAUCAAAAUCACAGUUUAAUCUUAGUUUAUUUAAAUAAGGAGGAAAUAAACUUACAUAAUAUGAGCUAAACUACUGUUUUUUAAACAGUAAUGAAAUAAAUUUUCACUAUAACUCUCUGUUGCCAGGGACAGGUGUUAAAAGACAAAGUAAUGACACAUACGAAGCAGUAAACAGUGCAGUUGCAUCAGAUCUCAGUCAGCUGCUUAUUUGAUCACUAACUAUCUUGUAGACAACUGCCUCAAUGUAGGAUUAUGUUGCUAGUUCGCAACUGGGGUCAUUUUUUUGAACUGAUCGUAAAUUUUUUCUUGCCCAGCUCGCUUUGUGUCUUAUAUUACUGCUGCUCACUUGGACGUAGGGCAACACAAUUUAUCACUGUGUUACCUGAAACAAUACUGAAGGAAUAGGUAUAGGUUUACAGUUGUGAAACAAAACUUGAAUCGCACAAAAUCAUUUUAUUUUUGGUUGAUGCACUUUUAUACACAGGUGCGCCCGCUCGAUGGUUAAUUUAUUCUGAAAACACAUUUAUUCCUUUUUAUGUU